AUAGACACCACCAACAACAAAAACAAAACCAAAGUUUGUAACUAAUUGCUUCUCCUUUCCUCCAAUGGCUUCGAGUACUACUGCUGAUCAUCCAGCAAAAAAAGCCGGAUACUGGUUUAGCACGUUUGAACUCCAAGUAGCAGACAUAAAAUCCAACCACUUCACUCAUCUUUAUGCUGGCUUUGCCAAGGUCCAAUAUCCGAUUCCGCCACAUCAAAAGAAUGAUGAUGUGAUCAAAUUUCCUGACAACAGUGGAAGAUUCGAAUCCUUCUCCGAAACCGUCAAAGGAACAAACCCUCGCGUGAAAGCCCUUUUAUCCAUCGGUGGUGAUGAAGGCCCCAACAUAUCUUCAGCCAUUGCUUCAGUGGCUAGAGAUGCUAAACUGCGUGAAGCAUUCAUUAACAGGUCCAUACAACUAGCCAGGGAGAACAAAUACGAUGGCCUGGACCUCUGCUGGCUAUACCCCUCCAAUGCCGAACAGAUGCACCUGUUUGCCUUACUCCUCGAGGAAUGGCGUCAAGCCAUAAAUGACGAGAAAGCCAAACAGACUAAUAAUUAUGAAAAGUUGCUUCUGACUGCAGCGGUCUUUCACCAACCGGUCAUUCAUGGUACAGACGGUAACAAUAUCGAUUAUCCUUGUCAGGCUAUUUCAAAGUACUUGGACUGGAUCAACGUACUGACCAUUGACUUCGAUACUCCCUCUCCCUCCAAUUCACCCGGGAAGACUGGACCGGUUGAUGCGUGGCUCAGCUGCGGAAAAGCAGGAAUUGACGACUGGAUUAAACGGGAAGCUCCGACCGAAAACUUGGUCCUCGGCCUUCCAUUUCAUGGCUAUAAUCACGGGAAUGGAGAUCCCAAUGACAUCGCUGCUAAAGUUAAGGAGGCGUUUAGGGGAAUAAACUUGGGCGGUUACUUUGCAUGGCAUCUGGCCUCCGAUGACAAUUGGACCUCUCAAAUGCAGCUUCCAAUGCAUUGGCUAAAGCGAUUAAUAAUUGGCCAAGUCUAGUGGAGAAGCCAUGGCUAGUACUGGAGAAGAGGUCGAUAUUAAAAUAAUUAUUGCUCCACAGAUUAAUAUUAGUGUUGAUAAUCAUAUAUGUAAAAUAUUAUAAGCUGCUUGUAUUAUCAACAAUAAGGCCGGGCCAAUGGCUUGCUGGCUAUCAUGCUGUGUACCUACGUUGUGUGUGAUAAUAAUAAUAAUAUUAUCAUUAUAGAA